ACGUUUCAUAACUCCGAAAUGAUAAUAUAUUUUCACAGCUUCCGUUGCCACCUGUUUGUUUACAAGUUUCCAAGUUGUUUAUUAAUUAGCAUUCUUAACUAACAAGAUUAAAUCUGUAUACAGUAAAGGACAUGUAUUGUGCAUGUAAUGAAAUGAUUGAAUGGGUUCCCAACCAUCUAGUUUGCCAUCAAAUAGGCAUCUCAAAGGAUUUGUAGUAACAAAACAACUCAGCGCUCGUCGUAAAAUAAAUUCCUCAACUCUUUCAAAAAAACUUUCAUAUUCAGAAAUUUUAACUCUUGUUGAAUAUGAUGCUCGUGAUUUCUUAGAUAAAAGUGCUUAUGCAAAAGACAAACUAAAAAGACCUUAUUCUGAGAAAAUUAUAAGUUUAAGUGAAAUCACUGAUUUGACAGAAUCUGAAGACAGCCAUCCAAAAAAAUUGAGAACACUUCCAACAGCAUUUUCAAAACCAAAUGCAACUAAGAAAGCAAGUAUCUUAAAAGAAAAUGGAACAAGCCAAAUCUGUCCACUGCCUAAAAUAGUAACUGUCCAGGGAAAAGAUAAACAAAUUACGAAAAAUACUCCAAAUAAUUCAUCUUAUAUAAAUAGGAACAGCGGAAAAGAAAUGGAACAAACCACAGAAUUUAACCAUUUGGAUCAUUGGGUCCAUAAAAAUGACCCUUACGUAGAGAAAUCAGAUAUACAUCAUCAUACAACAUCAAAUCAAAAUGAAUCUGCUACUAAAAGUGGAGAAAAAAAAAUGGAUGCCAAACAAAACAAAAUGGAUGCCAAACAGGAGGUGAAAGAAGAUGAAAAUAUCAAUGAAGAAAUUGCUGUUAUUGAUAGUGUACCAGAUGACGUAUUUGAAGAACAAAAAAGAGAAAAAAGGGAAAAAAUAAUAAAAGCUGUAAAAGAUAUUUCAACAUGCCAACAUGAAAGAACAACAGAUGGACAUUAUACAGAGUCUCUAAGGGCAGAUAUUUAUGAGAUAUACCAGUUUUAUUUUUCAUUCAAAAAACAUUCUUUAGAAAGACGUGUUCGAUUCCGUCAUGAAGUUGUAGAAGAAAUUCUGAAGGCAGAGGACAAUAUAAUCAUUAUAUUUUGUAGAUUAAGUCAGGAAAUAAUGAAAAAUGGUUACCGAAACUCAGAGGGAAAAUCAGUUGCAGGAUUAUUCAAACCAUUAAAGAAUAUGUUAGGAUUUUUAAUGAAUUUUUCUGACUUAAUGAACCCUAUAGUAUGCAAGACAAUUCUGGAUCAGACAGAGUUUAUGAAAUCAUUGAUACAAAAACUGAAUGAGCUGGCAACACCCCAUUUGAAUAAAGAUUUGAAGGAAAAUGAUACCAUUUUACUUGGUCUUUACAUGGGAAUUUGUCACAAUAUUGCACAAAAGGAGGAAUUAACUGGCGAAUUAAGAGAAGUUGGUAUUGUAGAAGCAGUCAAACCGUAUUUGAACUCAUACCAAGAGAGAAAACAACUGACAAGCUUGGCAAUUCUAGCAAAUGUCAUUAACGAAGAAGAGAGUGAAAUUUUAAAAAGCAACGAAGGUUUGAUAGAAUAUACCAUCAACAGCCUUCAACGAGCAAUGAAUAACAAAAUGAGGAGAACUGGAUUUGGUUGGUCAGUUCGGGAAACUGUCAGGACAAUCAGAAUGGUGGCGAAGAAUGAUAAUAACAAAAGAACUGUGUAUACAUGUGGAGCAGUUCCUCUAUUAGUGGAGCUAGCUAACCAACCUGGAGACACAGAGGAACAAAGAGAGGCUGUUGAAGCUUUGUGGAGUUUAUCUUUUGACCAACAGAUUCAGACAGAGAUUAUAAAUGACCAGGAGUGUGGAGUCAUUGAUACUUUUGUCAAACUUUACAAGUCAGCAGAGGAUAAGGGGGUUAGGAGAAUCUGUGGGAAAGCUCUCUGGACAAUGAAAAGUAGCUUGAAAAAUUGUCAACAUUACAAAAAAAUUGGGGAAGAAUUCAGCUUUUUACCAGUAACACCAAGGGAAUCAGAACAACGUGACACCCAUGUCAUGGUCAGUUAUAAUUGGGGACAUCAGAGUAUAGUGAAGGAGAUCUGUAGUCAGUUACGUAAUAAUGGAAUCAAGGUCUGGAUGGAUGUUGAUGAUAUGCAUGGUUCUACACUCCAGGCCAUGGCUCAUGCGGUAGAGAAGGCGGACAUUGUGUUAGUUUGUUACUCACAGAAUUAUAAAAACAGUGAUAACUGCAGAGCAGAGGCAGAAUAUGCAUUCCAGCUGAAAAAGAAAGUAAUCCCAUUAAAGAUGGAGAAAGCCUACAAAGCCGAUGGAUGGCUUGGCUUUAUUAUUGGUGCCAAAUUAUUUUAUGACUUCAGUGGAAAAUAUCCAUUUGAAAAGAAAAUGACGGAACUCAUUAAUGAAGUUCAAAGUUCAUUACAAACCAUAAAGGGUGUCACCAUCCAAGUGCCAAAUGGAGAGGUUCAAGUUCAAGUUAUACCACAACAAUCAGCAUCAUCAGCAACAGCAGUAGCAUCAGUACCUGUUUCUAGAACAAAAUCAGCAGAUGUAGAGAAAGUGAAGAAAUGGUCGCCUCAGCAUGUUGGAAAAUGGCUGGAUAAAAAUCAGUUACCAAGGAAUUUACUAGGAAGAUUGAGCGGACUAGAAAUAGCCUUCUUACAUGUUUUAGUUCAAGAAUCACCUGAUGUGUUUUACAAGACCAUUGCAGAUCAGCUGAGUGUAAAAGACAUUUUAACAAUGGCCAAGCUCAGGUUUGCUUUGGAGGCACUGGAUGUCAAUAUAUAGGAGACAACACAUGAAAGUCUUGCAAUACUGAUAAAAGAUUGAAACACUUUAGAAUUGGAUGUAGAAGUGAGACAGAUAGAAAAAUCUGGAGCAGUUGAUUUUAAAAAGAUCUCUUUGGAUUCAUUAAUGGUCGUUGGGACCAAUUUUUAUACAUUAAGGAAAUAUUUGAUUUUUCGUCACCGACCCUGCAAGGGCUGAAAAGCCAGUCAAGGUCGUUAAACACUUCCAUAUAUAUAUUUUUUGGGCAAUAUUUUUUUUUCUGGAUUUACCAAAGUCUGUAUAAAUACAAAAUGAAAUAGGUACUUCUUUGAACACUUGAAUUUGUGGUUCGCCCUUACCAAAGAAAUCAAUAAAAAUUGGUAUCCCACAAAAAAUAAUGAAAAUAGAUAGUACCUGAAUGUAUUUUGGUGAAGGGUAUUGCGAGUUGCUAGUGCCUGUAUUAACUCUAAUCCAUGUGAUUUAAUUUUAUUAGGAUUUUUCUUAUUGUCUUUACACUUAAUUCUUGCCCUAUACGAGAUAUUUUUACAUUUUUUUCCCAUGAAAAUUAGAAGUAAAAUUUUUGACAAUCCUUAGUAAUGAAUAUGAAAAUGUGAAAACACAUGAAGCCUGUUAAUAUAUAAUAUCCAUUCUCAAUUCUAAACUAAGCUUUUUCUACCUCAGGAAAAGAUUACCUUAGCUGUAUUUGACAAAACUUUUAGGAUUUUUUGGUCUUCAAUGCUCUUCAACUUCAUGUGUUUUUACUUUUUUCAUACUUUAUUUGGCCUUUCAAACAUAUUUUUAUUCAAGUGUCACUGAUGAGUCUUUUGUAGACAAAGUGUGUGUCUGGCGUAAACAUAAAAUUUUAGUCCUGUUAUCUAUAAUGAGUUUAUUAUCGUACUUUAAGGCUGGUCUGGAUAAAGUGUAGAUUUUACUGUUCAAAUCAAGUUUAUAUAGUGAUGCAUAUCAGAGCUAGAUAAACACAUAUUUUUGCAAGUAAAGUUAAGUGUUAUGCAGGCCAAGUUUUAGAAUUCAUACAGUUAUCUCUAAACGAAUGCAAAGAUAUUAAAUCUUACUGUUUUGUCAUCGUUUUGUGUAUAAUUUGUAAAAAGAAAGAUUUAUCCUCUUUUGUAGAUCAACAGUUUAAAUUUUAUGUAUACUUCAACCUAUAAACAGUUGCGGAUCCAGCCAUUUGAAAAAGGGGGGGGGGGGGGUUCCAACUAUAUGUUCCCAUUCAAAUGCAUUGAUCGUCCAAAAGGUUCCAACUAUAUGUUCCCAUUCAAAUGCAUUGAUCGUCCAAAAAAAAAGGGGGGUUCCAACCCCCCAGAACCCUCCUCCUAGAUCUGCCACUGAUAAACAUAGAUGUGAAGCAAUAGACUAUUUUCAUAUAACCAACUUGUGACCACGGUUUAUAUUAUUUUUGACAGGUUUCCUACAGCAUCCUGGUACUCGGUCAAUUAAGAGCAGUCAUAAUAAGUAGAAUGAAACAUUUAUUUAGUGUAAUUUGAGGGGAAAUUUAAAAAUAUUCAGAUGAGUUUGUAUGGAGCAGUAUAUUUUCCCCAAGAAUUGUACAGAUUAAAAGCUUGAUACUACUUCUUUAUGAUGCUCUAACUUGACUUGGUACCAGGAUGUCCUAGGAAACCUGUUGAAAAAAAUAUAAACUUCCAAUUCAAAAGUCGGUAAUAUAAAAGAUUGUCAAUUUUAUGCUGUGUGUACAUGUACACUUCAGAAGAAAAUCAAAAUUUACUAAAAAACAAACAAGAUAUUAAGAAGAAUGUGUAAUGUUUUUUGUCAUUUGAAAUAUUCACAUAUCAGUUUUUUUGUUGUUGUUCAAAUGACGAAUUCUUAGAUUGAUAGAUUUUUAUAUUGAUCAUCAUAGUUUAACUUGUGAUAUCUUUACUUUAUAUUUAUUUAUAUUUAUUUCUAUUGAAAAUAUAUGUAUAGCCACAUUUUUAACCAUGUUAAAAGUUUUUUUGACUCAUAUGUCUUUUUAUAUUUAUUUUUAAUGAAUAAAAUUCUAAAUUCAU